UCAGGCUUGCAGAGCCACCGUGACCGAUAGUGAUCUGGGCUAUCAUAGACGCUUCGUGAUAGGCUUGAGUUGAAGCCUAGAAGGCUAGAUGAACAUGAUCGAUACCAGCUCUCAGGGAUCCACAUCUGCAGACGUAUGGGACCAGCCCAGUGAUUACACUAGCCUGAGCUCGUACCCACCAAGCGCCGCAACUAAAUCCCGGAAGGCCCAACAAGUCGUCCCAGACGACUGGGAUAACGAUGAAGAUGAGGAAGAAGAUAGCGCCAAAGUCUGGGAAGACGCAAAUAACAAAGCACCCAUGCCAGAACUGAUCAUCUCCCCCUCAAGCACCGGGACAUGUGUCGUCCCCCCUCCCCCAGCUGCCUUCCAACCGACUAUGCGCAUCCUGAAACGGCCGUCUCCCUCCCAAUCAGCCUCAAAUUCCGCCACUUCGCUCUCUUCGCAGACGCGCAACACUCUUGCUGAGCGUGAGGCUCAGUAUCAAGAAGCUCGUAACCGAAUAUUUGGAACUACGAUCGAGCGUGGUGGCGAUGACCAGGAAAGCCAACGUGGGAUGAGGGAUGGUAGUGGCAAGGGAUCAGAUGCUAGAUCUGCGGCGUCUGCGGUACUGCGUACUCCUACAGGCCCGUCAGAUGUGGAAACAGAGGUGGGUCGGACCGAUGACUCCCCUCCAAAGGGAUUUCGUGACAGGAGGAAUGGGAAGAACCAGAACAGCGCAUCUUCGAGUGUGUUACCACGGACUUCGAGUUGAUUCCUGCCCCAUGUUUUUCAGAUAGGUUUUUGCUGUUUUAUUGAUUGUUGUAACAUUGUGUUGUACACGUCCAGCCCCAACUUGAUGCAACUCACAUUUGAGCCGGGGAGCUUUUUUGCGCCGACUCACCACAUGUCAACUACACUGUAUGCACCAAUUCUUUCA